AUGAACAAACCAUUGCCUCUCUCUGGGCAGGACUACGCCAGUCCUCUCUCGUUCGACCUUGGCAAGGCAAAGCUCAACAAGACAGUGGAUAUCGGAAAUAACGGUGUAUCCGCGUCGACUGACCAGUUUGGACGGAUUCUUCAACUCAGUACUUACCACCCAAUACACGGCAUCAUCGUCGCCGCGCCGUACUCUCAAUUCGACAAGACCCGGUACCACGACCCUCAAUAUGUUCGCCAGUACCGAACCAAGAUGCUUCAAAUGUUGGCAAAUGACGAGGAAGGAUUCGGAAUCGUCGUCCAAGAUUUGAACACCACAUUCGAACUGCAACACCUAUCGAUGAGUGCGGCAAGAUCGAGUUGCACCACCAAAAGGGGCAUCUGCGUUACAACCACCCUGCAUGUCGAUGAUGGAGGAAACUUUUCUCAAACGGUGGUGCUUCGGAAUCCAACAACGGCCCCCAUAUCUGUCGACUAUCUGAUCAAUCUUCGGCUCAGUGUGCACCGGGCUUCUUACGGUCAACUGACAGAAGCAGGGCCUUUGAUCCCCCCUGGCUGCGAAAAUCAGCUUCGCCUAGACGACAAUACCACUUUUAGUGUGACUAACCCUCUGCUCGGGGGUUGCGUGCUAGGUAGCCUGACUUUGGAUGAUGAACCCCACGUCUUAUCAGGAAUUCAAGAGUCGGUUUCCAGAGGCGUCCUAUCUGACGCCAUCGGUCCAGCGCAGACGAUAACCAUCGAUCCGGAGUCACAGGUCACUCUAAGGGCGCAAUUUACCUUAUUCGCGAGCAUUCCAGACAAGGACCCUGUUUUCCCAUCGAGAACUUGUUCCAAGGAAAGCCAGUGCUUGUCCUCGAGAUGGAGAGACGACAGUCGUUGUAGCACUUAUAUAGUCAGACGCAAUGUCGACUAUAUACUAAGUAACUGCGUCGUGCCCAUGCCCGGCGAUGUUGUCGGGCUCAUUACAGACCACGUCGCAUUACCAUUGGGCUGGAACAGAGACAACUAUUGGCAAUGGCGGUUGUUGCUCAAUGUAUAUCAGCGCCUCGAUAAGCUGUUGGAGCCCACCCAACAGGACGUAUAUAAACGCAGAAUCGAGCGGGCACUAAAAGGUCAUCUCAAAUGGGCACAUGAGGUGGCCGAGAGACCGCACACCUUCUGGCACCGGUCAUACGUGAUCGCUGGCAAGCCCAAGGACGGCCCGACGUUCCAGCUAGAUCAGCAAUGCUACCCCCUCCUCGAGCUAUGCGAUUAUUCCGACGCAUUCCCUGAUGAUAAAACAUUUGUGCGAGACCUAGUGCAUGGCGCGGCUAUGCGUGAGGUACUGUCUGCCAUUGUGUCGAGGCGAGAUGCGUCCAGUGGUCUCUUCCCCACGGACGAGACACCCGGAGACGACGCGGUUGACCACCCUUUCCAUUUCUCAAGUCACGUUCUACUGUGGUACACCGUGUACCGGAUUGCGAAGCUGUUCCUAGAGUACGAAGCUCCAAUUGGGUUCUCACAGCAGGGUGUGUUAGACUUGGCCGCAUCGAUCCGUGGCGCAACCUUGAAGCACUUCAUCCAACCUACUGAGGAGGAAGGGGAGAAAGGAGCCCAAAUGAUAGCCUAUUUGGUAGACGGCCUUGGAACCAAGACAUUCUACCACGACGCAAAUGACAUUCCCACCAUCUUCGCCGUGAAAUGGGGUUUCCUCGCGUCCGAGGCUGAGAUCAAAGCCUGGCACAACACCAUGGCAUUCGCGCUGUCGCCUCGGAAUCAGCUCGGUUAUGCUGCCGGCGGCGACUUCUCUGGACUUGGAAGCGUGCACUCGAAGGGUCCGUGGCCACUGGGGUACUUCCAGGAGCUCCUCUAUGCGCACAUGACGGCAGACGAUGCCGGCAGGGAGGCGGUCAUCAAACGAAUCGUCGGUUCAAUGCAGUGGGAUGGGACUUUUGGCGAGGCGGUCAACGUUGAGACUGGAGCAGUAACAAGUAAGGCGUGGUUUAGCUGGCCUGGCGCCAUGAUCGGGGCCAUGAUCGUCGAAGAGGGGAUAUCCUUCUGA